AAACGGUUUACCUAACGCCCUUUAGACUAAUUUGUCCCACUCGAGGCCCCGUCUCCGCGCUCUACUCGGCUUUUUCCUCUCUCGACAGAGGCAGACAAGCUGGCCCCUCCCACACAGCCCAACAGGUCCCGCCUUUUUUCUCUUUACGUGAAUCAGCUGGUUUGAGCGUCCCUCGAAGCCGGCGGGGAUCUCAGCGGCUAAAGCAAAGCAAAGCGCGCGGUUCCAGGAUUCCAUUCCACAUGAACUUCAACCACUAAACUUGUUUUGCUUUCAACAUAACAGUUUUCAAAACUGUCCUGUUCCUGUCUCAAAGAGGAACGAUUUGGUAAUGGAGUACUCUCACUGACUGAUGGACUCAAAAGAAGAAAGUUCAGCAGACCAAGAAGGAGCAAGAGAGAGAGGCCUGGUCUAUACGUGGCAGGCUGGUUGCUGUUCUCCAGCCCCAGAAAGACUUCCAAGUUGGAGUGGAAAGACGGUGUUGCAGGCAGGACUUGGAGUAAGCCAUGGUGUGCUUCUGACGGAUGAUGGCGAGGUUUAUAGUUUUGGAAAACUUCCCUGGCGGGUUGAGUUGGAAGAUGCUUACAUUAAUUGUCCCAUCUUGGAAAAGGCUUUGAAUGGACAACAUGUUGUUACGGUGGCAGCUGGCAGCUUCCAUAGUGGAGCAGUGACUGAAGGUGGUGAGGUGUACAUGUGGGGGGGAAAUUCUGCUGGCCAAUGUGCAGUGGCUGGCCAGGCCUCUGUGCGGGAGCCACAACCUGUCUGUAUUUCUGACUCUGAAGCUAGCCAUCCCUUGCCGAUAAGGAUUUUACAGCUGGCGUGUGGAGAGGAGCACACCCUGGCGCUCUCACUAAGCAGGGAGGUAUGGGCAUGGGGAAGUGGCUGUCAGCUAGGUCUCAUAACCAGUACUUUUCCAGUGACCAAACCACAAAAGGUCGAGUACCUGGCAGGCCGUGUUGUGCUUCAGAUUGCUUGCGGGGCCUCUCACAGCCUGGCUCUUGUGCAGUGCCUCCCUAUCCAAGACAAAAAAGCUGUUCCAGAGCGAUGCAAUCAUUGCAGCCAGCUCCUGAUUACCAUGACUGACAAAGAAGACCAUGUCAUUAUCUCUGAUAGUCACUGUUGUCCAUUGGGGGUGGCUCUAGCUGACUCCCACUCGGAAAGCCACAUCUUUUGCUCCUCACUAGAAACUCUCGAGGCGAAGAGUGUAGCAAGCAGCCAAGGUGAGGAUUGUCAGAAAACACUUACAGAAGAUCAGAUGCUUGCUGUCGCAGAGUAUGAUGCAGCAAGUGUGUUUUCAAACAGUGAUGGACAUGAAGACAGUGGCAUUUCUAGCCCAGGAAAUCUCUUGAUCACUGACAAAAUGGCAAUGAAGCAGCAGUUAACGGGUCUUCCAGAUCUUCCAUUAAAUGAGAAGCCAGUGGAUCAACAAUCUGAACAGCGAUCUCAAGAAGAGGACUACGCUACUUGCCUUCCCAGCCCACCAGGCCCAGAUACAUCUGCCCUUAACAACCUGGUAGUUUCUUGUGCAUCAGCAGUCGGUGUAAGAGUAGCUGCUACUUAUGAAGCUGGGGCUUCAUCUCUGAAGAAGGUAAUGAACUUCUAUGGCACAGUUCCAGAUGACACAGUAUCCCCACCUACUGGCAGUUCUCCAGGCCUGGAUGGGCUGAAGGACAGCCGAGAGGAGCAGGUCAAGCUGGAGUCGAUGCAGGGGAAAAAGAGUUCCAGCUUGGUAGAUAUUCGAGAAGAGGAAUCCGAAGGAGUCUGUCGAAGGCUAUCUUUACCUGGUUUGCUGUCCCAAGUUUCCCCAAGGCUCUUGAGGAAAGUUGGACGAGCCAAGAUGAGGACAGUGACCCUCACACCAACCUACAGUGGUGAAGCUGAUGCACUUCUCCCAUCUUUGCGAACUGAGGUGUGGAGCUGGGGAAAAGGAAAAGAAGGGCAGCUAGGGCAUGGUGAUGUCUUGCCAAGGCUCCAACCACUUUGUGUAAAAAGCCUUGAUGGUAAGGAAGUAAUUCAUUUGUCUGCUGGUGGCCAUCAUUCCUUGGCACUCACUGCCAAAUCGCAGGUAUAUUCAUGGGGCAGUAACACCUUUGGACAGCUUAGUCACUUAUGUUCUCCAACCACAGUCCCUCGUCUUGCAAAGGUAUGCAAUGACAAGAGCAUCUGGAACAUAGCAGCAGGUCCAGAUUAUUCACUAUUCCUAGUAGAUGGAGAAGAGUUUCAGCCUUCACUAUACUAUAGUGGUCGAGAAGAAAGGAGAGAGAGUGAUGUUUCAUCUGAAAACAGCUGCUUAAAGGAUCCAACACUGUUGCUAAACUGUAGUAAGCUAGGGUAUAUUAGCAGCGUGGCAGCAGGUGGGAGUAACUGCUUGGUUUUAGUGGACAAAAACAUUAUGGGCUACAUUGCGAGUCUGCAUGAGUUGGCUUCGAUGGAGAGACAGUUUUAUUCCAAACUGAGUGCUAUAAAAUCUCAAGUUCUCAGACCCCUCUUGGGAUUAGAUAAUUUAGGUGCUGCAUCAAUGGUCCAGCUGUUGCAGGAAAUGGCUAGUACAUUCAGCAAACUUUGUUACCUGAUUGGUCAGCAUGGAGCCUCUUUGACUAGCUUUCUGCAGGGAUUAAAAGAGGCAAAGAACUUGGCUAUCCUGAAGCAUUCAAGCCUCUUUUUGGAAAGUUACACUGAGUACUGCGCUUCCUUGACAAACUUUCUGGUGAUGGGAGGAUUUUCGCUUCUUGCCAAACCAGCAGUGGAUUUCUUAAGUAAAAACCAGGCAUUACUUCAGGAUCUGUCGGAGACAAAUGAGGAGGCUUUCCCAUUAGUGGAAGUGCUAAAUACUCUGUUUUUCUUGCCAGUCAGACGACUUCAUAAUUAUGCUAGAACUUUGCUAAAGCUUGCAACAUGUUUUGAAGUGUCAUCUCCAGAAUAUCAGAGCCUUCAGGAUUCCAGUUCUUGCUAUGAAACCCUUGCUGUCCAUCUUAGCAGGAAAAGAAAAGAAGCUGAAUACACGCUGGGCUUCUGGAAGACCUUUCCUGGGAAAAUGACGGAUUCCUUGAGGAAACCAGAGCGGCGACUAAUCUGUGAAAGCAGCAAUCGGGGAUUGUCCCUGCAACAUGCUGGGAGAUUCUCAGUGAACUGGUUCAUCCUCUUUAACGAUGCCUUGGUCCAUGCUCAAUUUUCAACUCAUCAUAUUUUUUCCUUGUCUACACUGUGGGUAGAACCUGUUUCCGAAGAGUCUGGUAAUAUGAAUGGUUUGAGAAUCACGACACCUGAAGAACAGUUCAUUCUUGUUUCAUCAACACCACAGGAGAAGACUAAGUGGCUGAGAUCUAUAAGUCAAGCAGUGGAUCAGGCCUUAAAAGGGGCGUCUGACUUGCCUCCUUAUGGGGGUAGUGGAAACAUUCAGAGGCAAGAGCCCCCUAUCUCACGGAGUGCCAAAUACACCUUUUACAAAGAUCCUCGCCUUAAGGACGCCACUUACGAUGGUCGAUGGCUUUCUGGGAAACCACAUGGCAGGGGAGUCUUGAAAUGGGCAGAUGGAAGGAUGUAUUCUGGCAUGUUCAGAAAUGGCCUGGAAGAUGGGUAUGGUGAAUACCAAGUACCAAGCAAAACACUGAACAAGAGUGACCACUAUGUUGGAUAUUGGAAGGAAGGCAAAAUGUGUGGACAAGGCAUCUACAGCUAUGCCACUGGAGAAGUGUAUGAAGGGAGCUUUCAGGAUAACAUGCGUCAUGGCCAUGGUCUCCUCCGUAGUGGGAAACUGACAUCUACCUCUCCUAGCAUGUUCAUUGGUCAGUGGGUGAUAGAUAAGAAGACUGGAUAUGGAGUAUUUGAUGAUAUCACAAGGGGAGAAAAAUAUAUGGGAAUGUGGCAAGAUGACCUUUGCCAGGGCAAUGGAGUUGUGGUUACACAGUUUGGACUCUAUUAUGAAGGAGCCUUUAACAGCAAUAAAAUGAUGGGGACUGGGGUUUUGCUUUCUGAAGAUGACACAGUGUAUGAAGGAGAGUUUUCAGAUAAUUGGACCCUUAAUGGGAAGGGAACUCUGACUUUGCCAAAUGGAGACACCAUUGAAGGUAUUUUCAACGGCGAGUGGGGAUCUGGGAUAAAGAUUACUGGAACCUACUUUAAACCCGGUUUAUACGAUCAUGAAAAAGACCGACCCAAAACCCUGCGGAAGCUUGGAAACCUUGCUGUUCCUGCUGAUGAGAAGUGGAAGGCGGUGUUUGAAGAAUGUUGGCACCAGCUAGGCUGUGAGCAGCCAGGCCAAGGGGACAGGUGGAAGGCUUGGGAUAACAUUGCUGUUGCCCUGACAACCAAUAGGCGACAACACAAAGACAGCCCAGAACUGUUAAGUAGGUCGCAUGCACAAACCUUGGAAAGCUUGGAGUUCAUUCCAAAACACGUUGGUGCCUUCACACUGGAAAAAUAUGACAGUAUUAAGAAAUAUCUCAUAAAGGCAUGUGAUACUCCUUUGCAUCCUUUGGGAAAACUUGUAGAGACCCUAGUAGCUGUAUACCGGAUGACGUAUGUAGGAGUGGGAGCCAAUCGCCGGUUGUUGCAGGAAGCAGUACGGGAAAUUAAAUCCUACCUCAAACGCAUCUUUCAGUUGAUCAGAUUCCUGUUCCCUGAUCUUCCUGAAGAGGGCAGUUCGAUUCCACUUUUGGUGACGGAGACCAAGGGAAGGAGAUCCUUCUGUAGUGGAAAAAAUUACUCCAGACCUGACUCUCCAGAACCAGGCUAUGUGGUCACAAGCUCUGGGUUGCUGCUUCCUGUGUUGCUACCACGACUCUACCCUCCUUUGUUUAUGCUGUACGCCUUAGACAAUGAACGAGAGGAAGAUGUUUACUGGGAGUGUGUUCUGCGUCUGAACAAACAACCAGACAUGGCUCUGUUGAGCUUUUUGGGAGUGCAAAAGAAAUUUUGGCCAACCAAGACAUGUAUACUUGGUGAACAUAAAAAGGUAUUGCCAAAUACAAAAGAUGCCUGUUUUGCUUCAGCAGUGGAGUGCUUACAACAGAUCAGUACAACUUUUACACCUGCUGACAAACUGAAGGUGAUCCAGCAGACUUUUGAGGAGAUCUCACAGAACGUACUUGAGAUCCUUCAUGAAGAUUUCCUUUGGUCCAUGGACGAUUUGUUUCCUGUUUUUCUGUAUGUGGUGCUACGAGCCAGGAUAAGGAAUUUGGGUUCUGAAGUGCACUUGAUUGAGGACCUCAUGGAUCCCUAUCUCCAACAUGGGGAGCAGGGCAUUAUGUUCACAACUCUGAAGGCAUGUUAUUACCAGAUUCAACAUGAGAAGCUUACCUAAAUCAUUCACCUGACUAUAGAAGAUACUUCUGAACAGAGUUUUAUCCUUCUUUACUGAAAUGCACUUAAAAUGGCUUGAGAAUCAUCAUGCUGUGGAUGCAAUUCUAAGACCUUUGAAAACAGAAAAAGUAAUUCUCUAGUAUCAGAGAAAAGACAGAGGAAACAAAAAAAGAUACUUUUCAGGGCAGCUCGCAAGGAAAAAUAUCCUUCAAAGUGGCAAGAUUGACUUUUGGGGGGGGGUUCCUCCACAAAAGCAAUGCAUAGCGUGGCAUCUACAUGGAAUUCAAAUAAAAGCAUAGUCCGGGAAUAUGCUGCUUCUUCCUUUGAAGAGGACGGUACUACUUUGUGCUUUAGAAGGUCUAAAGUGCACAAUGAAACCACUUGGUUUCUUUCUAGAUUAAACUGCCUGGGUCUGUGUAUCCACUAAGGAAAAAGGUUGACCCAUGUAACCAGCUGCACUUACUAGCUCAAAAAGAGCUAUUGAUCCCCUGCCCCCCCACCCCCGAAAGUAGGGUUACAGAUAGGAGCUGCAAAUACUGCUGUGAAAACCUUCUAAAUAUAGUGGGAUUACUAUCUCCAGCAUGAUAGAAUAUAGGACCUGGGUUCUGUUUAUGCUUACUCUAACAUAAAAGUGUACUGGUCACUGUGAACGUCAGCACUGAAUUUGAUAUUUAAUCUGUUUAUAGAACUCAUGGCUUCAAUUCCUCUUCUGAUCGUUUGCAAUCUAAGACUCAAACUGAAUGAAAUACACAAUUUAUGAAUGGAACAAUUUCCUUGUAUGAACCUCAGAUUAUAGAAGGGUGACAAUGUGAUCUAUUUGAAUAAAUAUAUGCUCAAUCAAGGAGGAGAUACUGGCUUAGCGUGCUGGGGCACUGAGUGCCUGUCUUCUGCUAUGCUUGUUUCAUAAAAGGAAAAGCUUUCAAAAAUGUUAUUUUUGUUGAAGUAUUGUUUAAAAAAAGAGACCCACAAAACAUUCAUGCCAUUGUUCGUGUGAUUUUUCUCUUGGUUUAUAUAAAUACCGUUAGCUGACAUUGGAUACAAUAGGUGCUGUUCUUUACUAUGUCUCACAGAUGAGUGGGAGUUAUGAAAAAUAUUCUUCUGGUUAAAAUUAACAAACUAGUACAGGCAGUGCAAAUAACUUCUGGAAAUCUGAAUCAUGGUUUGUGUGUAGUUCCUUUAUUUAAAAAAAUGGUGGGAUCAGUGAUUGUAAAUGGAGCAGUUUUCAUAAUAAAGAAUAAUUCUGUGA